UACGGAUCAGAUUGUCAUGAACAUUGUUCGUCUGUUAAAAAAUAACUCGAAGAAACAAAUCUACGUGAGGAAAAGAUAGAAUUUGAUUUCAAUUUAGGGUUUACUCUUUAUGCAGGGAAUGUUACAUUAGCACUCAAAGGAGAAUCAUUUAUGUUUGUGGACAAAAAAAUUAGAUUAGCUGGAAUUCCUGGAAGAAAUAUUGAGUGUAUGUUUUGGAUGAUGCCUUAAUUUUGCAAGUGUAAAUUCUAGAAAGUCAGCUUAAAUAUCCUUUAAAAUUUGCAGCUGAAGUGAAAUACUCAGUUGUUCGUAUUGUGGUGGUAAAAAAAACUCACCAUGAAGUUGACAAGGGUCGAGAUGUUGAGAAAGUCUGCUCAUGCAGCAACGUAUAAUAUGGUUUUACAGCUAUUUCUGAAGAUGAUAUCAUUUGUUUUGAACAUGAUUGUGAUCAGACUGGCUUCAAAAGACAUGCUGGGUGUUGUGAAUAUAAGAUUGUACCUGUUAUAUACUACAGUUUUGUUUUUAGGUACAGAAGCAUUUGAUAAUGCUAGUCUCAGUAAAAUUGAAGGAAAGACUUGGAGGCAGGUCAUCAACUUGAUGUGGCUGACAGUUCCUCUCACUUGGCUGUUAAGUUGUAUAGGUAUUGUGGUAUGGUUGUAUGUUUGGAAAGUUCCAGAUCCUGAAGUCAUUCCAAAUUACUAUAUUGGUGUAAUCUCCUAUGCAAUGGCAGCUGUUAUAGCAACUUUAGCCAGACCACAUUUCACAGUAGCAGUGUCAAAUUUCUUUGUGGGUCUAAGGGUAGGUGCUGUAGCUGUUGGUGAAUCCUUUAAAGUUUUGACAGCAGUGAUACUUUUAUGGUUAAAACCUGAGCUAGGAAUUAUAUGUUUUGCAGUAGGACAGAUUAUAGGAGAGACUUUAUACAUAACUACCUAUUAUACAUUCUUUUGGAUUUACAUAAAUACUGGAGAUGAAGUAGAUAAGAGUUUUGCCUUUCAAUCUACCAGAGACUUUUUUCCAAAGUCGUCAGAGACUAAGCCCUUUUUAAAUGAAAGAAUGGCCAUGCUGACACAGUCGGUCUUUAGACAGUCUUUGCUGAAAAUAUUUCUUACAGAAGGAGAAAAGUAUGUUAUGACGAUAUUUGGAGUUCUCAGUUUAGCAGACCAAGGUGUGUAUGGCAUUGUUAACAAUUUAGGGUCCAUGAUUCCAAGAUUUGUUUUUCAACCAGUUGAAGAAAGUGGGAGAGUCUUUUUUUCCCAGUUACUGCUCAGAGGAAAGAAAUUUUUUGAGCAACCAAAAGAUGAAGCUGUUUUAGCCUAUCAAGUAUUGAAGCAUCUACUAAGAGCGAUGUUAAUGAUCGGCAGUAUAAUAUUAGUUUUUGGAAAUAACUAUGCCUUCCUGUUACUUGAUUUAUAUGGAGGAGAACAUAUAUCUGAAGGUUCAGGGCCAUAUAUAUUGAAGUGGUUUUGUGUAUAUGUGUUAAUCUUAGCUAUUAAUGGAAUAAUGGAAUGCUUCCACUUUGCAUUAAUGAAUAUAGCAGAAACAGAUAGCUACAAUAAGAAGAUGCUGUUAUUUUCUGUAGUGUCCCUCGUUUCCACUCUACUUAUUCCACAAUACUUUGGAGGAGCAGGAUUUAUCAUAGCAAAUAUUCUCACCAUGUGUACACGUAUUUUCUACAGUUUGCUGUUUAUCAGAGAAUUUUAUCAUGGAACAGAAUAUAAGCCUUUGAAAGCACUGAUACCUUCUAUACCCUUUUGUAUAUCUCUCAUCAUUUCAUCUUUAAUAAUGAAAUUGUCGGAGAGUUUUUUCUGUUGUGAUCAAGGACUGUUAUUCAGAUUAGUACACAUAGGAAUUGGUGGUCUAAGUCUACUAUCAGUUAUAGGUGUUAUCUACUUUACAGAGACAGAUUUAUCAGACUUUGUUCUAAAGCAUUAUAGAAAAACAAAAUCAGAAAAGAGGGAGGCAGAAGAAGAUAAAAAGAGGGAAGAAGAUAAAAAAAUGGAAUAACUUUGUUCGUAUUUUCAUGUAGUUAUAUUGUAUUAACUUUUUCUAAUUUAUUGAAUUGCAUUUAAAUAGAAAAUAGUAUUAUAAUUUUUGCUGAAGUCUUUGUAUAAAUAUUUUGGAGUUUUUAUACGACCGCAAAAAUUAAAAAUUUUUUGGUCGUAUAUUGGUAUCACGUCGUCGUCGUCAGCGUCAUCCGAAGACCGAUGAUUUCCGGAUAAUAACUUUAGUAUAAGUAAAUAGAAUUCAAUGAAAUUUUAACACAAGGUUUAUAACCACAAAAGGAAGGUUGGGAUUGAUUUUGGGGGUUUUGGUCCAAACUGUUUAGGAAUUAGGGGCCAAAAAGGGGCACAAAUAAGCAUUUUUCUUGGUUUUCGCACAAUAACUUUAGUAUAAGUAAAUAGAAAUCUACGAAAUUUAAACACAAGGUUUAUGACCACAAAAGGAAGUUUGGGAUUGAUUUUGGGAGUUUUGGUCCCAACAGUUUAGGAAUUAGGGGCCAAAAGGGUCCAAAAUUAAACUUUGUUUGAUUUCAUCAAAAAUUUGAAUUAUUGGGGUUCUUUGAUAUGCCGAAUCUAACCGUGUAUUUAGAUUCUUAAUUUUUGUUCCCAUUUUCAAAUUGGUCUAAAUUAAGGUCCAAAGGGUCUAAAAUUAAACUUAGUUUGAUUUUAACAAAAAUUGAAUUCUUGGGGUUCUUUGAUAUGCCGAAUCUAACAGUGUAUUUAGAUUCUUAAAUUUUGGUCCCGUUUUCAAAUUGGUCUACAUUAAGGUCCAAAGGGUCCCAAAUUAAACUUUGUUUGAUUUUAACAAAAAUUGAAUUCUUUUGGUUCUUUGAUAUGCUGAAUCUAAACAUGUAUUUAGAUUUUUGAUAUUUGGGCCCCUU